AUGGAAUCGUUCGACGUCACCGCCUUCUAUACAAAAGUGUCGAAUGACCCCGCCUUGCAAGCCAUCCUCGAACUCAUACAACACAAAGAAGCAAUAAAUAUGUACGGCUUCUCGAUUCAGCAGUUGAUGACACUCUUAAAGGAGUGCCUAAACUGCUCAAUCAUCAGAUGGUUUGAGAGGUAUUAUGCACAAAUGAGAGCGCUGGCAAUGGGACGACGACUGAUAUCAGGCAUUGCCAUCGCAUUUAUGUCUAAAAUGGGUGCACCAGUAAUCGAUCCUCCGUCACUGUUCAACUGUGGACAUAUAGAUGACUAUUUAGUCAACUGCUUAACACAAGGAGGAAUGGACAAAUGUUUUGAGUUACUAAAUAAACGGUCAAAGCAUAUUAAGUUCACCUGA